CCUUGUACCUUGAAACUGUUAACAACAAAUUUUGGCAAUUUAACAGAAGCACCUUGUACUUCACCUUGCACUUCUCUUGAACUGUUGACAACAAAGUUUGGCAAUUUAACAGCAUAGUCCUAAACAUCCACAUGUCUUGAGAUUGGGGCUUCAAUUCUGAUUCCGAAUCAAUCUUCACCAUUUCUAGUUUCAGCCACAUCUCUCUUGCCUCUCCUUCAGUCGGUUGUGUCAAGGCCUCUCCUCUCCAUCGAACUGAUCGAAGCUCUCUCUCUGCCUCAGUGUCUCUCAACUGCACGCACGCCACGACCGACGAGGGUUUUCUGAUUUCUCAGUCACUCAAAGUCAAAAGAUGGGAGACGUGGCUAAGGACCUCGCAGCUGGGACUGUUGGAGGGGCAUCACAAUUGAUAGUUGGACACCCCUUUGACACCAUCAAGGUCAAGCUCCAAAGCCAGCCUACACCACUCCCCGGUCAGCCUCCCAAGUUUUCUGGUGCAUUUGAUGCCGUCAAGCAGACAAUAGCAGCUGAAGGUCCGAGGGGUUUAUUCAAAGGUAUGGGUGCCCCGCUUGCUACGGUAGCAGCCUUCAAUGCUGUCCUGUUUACAGUGAGGGGACAAAUGGAAACAAUAGUGAGGUCCCAUCCUGGUGCUCCCCUCACAGUCAGUCAGCAGUUUAUUUGUGGAGCUGGAGCUGGAGUUGCUGUUUCCUUUCUUGCUUGCCCAACUGAAUUAAUCAAAUGCAGGUUGCAAGCACAAAGUGCACUUGGUGGCUCCGGAGCAGCUGCUGUGGCUGUUAAGUACGGAGGACCCAUGGAUGUGGCCAGGCAGGUUCUCCGGUCAGAGGGGGGCACGAGAGGUCUUUUCAAGGGCUUGGUUCCCACCAUGGCACGUGAGAUACCUGGAAAUGCUAUCAUGUUUGGUGUAUAUGAAGCAAUAAAGCAACAGAUUGCCGGAGGCACUGAUACUUCUGGACUAGGUAGAGGUUCUCUGAUUGUUGCAGGAGGCUUGGCUGGAGCUUCCUUCUGGUUCCUGGUUUACCCAACUGAUGUUGUUAAAAGUGUGAUUCAAGUAGAUGACUACAAAAACCCAAAGUUUUCUGGCUCAUUAGAUGCUUUCAGAAAGAUUCAAGCUACAGAGGGGUUCAAAGGCCUUUAUAAAGGUUUUGGACCUGCAAUGGCCCGAAGUAUUCCUGCAAAUGCAGCUUGCUUCUUGGCAUAUGAGAUGACAAGAUCAGCAUUGGGAUGAUGAUUAAUUCUUAUGGCUGGCUUAAUAUCAAAUGCUCAGGUUUCUUUUCCUUUUUUCCCCAAAACUUUUCUGUUUCAUCCAUUUACCAUAUGGCCACAAAGGCUCGUCUUCUGUUAUUGCUUCAACCAACAAGUCAUUCUUUAACCAUUAGCAAUGCAACGAUCCUUCUGAUUUAUUCUUCA